AAUGAGUUUUACCAGUAGACCAUGGCGGCCACACACAAUAUAUAUACUUACAAUAAACUUAUAUACUUAAACAUUGUUUCAAUCUCUGGUCAGACACUUCUCACACAACCCCUUCACUUCCUGUCCAAUGCUUCUUCUCCGGGUCGUCCUCUUCGGGUUAAUAACAUUCGGGACAACCCGAGUGAGAGCACAUGAAGAGUCUGGACCCUGGGGGUGCGACCCGGAUCCGGAGAAACGGGUCGGGGCGGAAUUUAGACCCGGGCUCAUAACGCUUGAUGGGCAUGCAGAUGAUUGGGAGGAUAUUGAUGGGUUUGAGUUUUCUUUGCUGCCUGCUCUUGACCCGGAUCAAGAAAAUGAGUUUAAAGGUGGAAAAAUGACUGUUAAGGCAUUACAUGAUGGAAAAGAUGUGUACUUCCUUUUGCAAGUUGGUGGAGACUAUGCAUACUCCAAGGGAGAUAAUUCUAAAUGUCCAUCAGUAGCUCUGAUGUUUGGAGUUGGUGAUAGUGCCUCAUACCAUAAUAUGGGUGGGUGUAAAGAAUCUCCACAAGCAUGCACAAGCAAGAGUUGUCGUGGGCAUGAAGUUGAUAUCAUGCACUUCUCUCUCGGGAAUGCAAUCCCAGGUCGCUUAUAUGGCGGUAACCCAGUAGACAACAAAAAGGGGAAUGGAGGCGAUAGUUUUGGUCAUUUGGUAGAUCUAUAUGCCUGGAAUCCACAUUGUCGAAACCUUGAUGGAAUUAAAACAGGAAAUGAUUCUGGUGCACAAAAUGACUGGAAGGGUGCAUGGUGGCAUAGCAGCUUGAUGACACAUACUGGUUUUACAGAGGAAGACACUCCCUACGGAUCCUCUGGUCAAAAAGGCACAUAUUUCUUUGAAUUUUCAAGACCGUUAAGAACAAUGGAUCGAUUUCAGCAGGAUGUGCAAUUCACCAUUGGUCAACCAAGCAAGUUUUCAGCUGCAUUUUGGUAUCCAGUUGAUGGAAAUCCUUGGCAUGGAUCAGCUCAUUACUCUGUUGGUUGUGACUGGGUACCUUUAGAUAUGACCCCAGGCUCGUCGGCACAAACAAAAUUAGCUUCCAGGAACUCUUCUGGCAUUGUUAGUGCCUUUGCUCUUAUCGUAUCUGUCAUCUCCUUGUGUGUAUCUGUUUUCAUUGGCUAUGCAAUGACAAGAAAUAACAAUACGGUCUCUUUUAUUCCCAUGGACCGUCUCUAAGGGUUUCUCCCGAUCUUCCAGUUGCUUUUGUUAUAUUUUUUAUUUGUUCUCUUCUUUGUUCAAGUAGAAGAGCUUUACCAUUGUUUUUGUCUCAUAGAUAGGUUAAAUGUUAAGUUUGGUUCCACAGUUUUAUUUUUUGGGCUGGAGAGUAGAUUCAGUUGUAAAAGUACUAUUGUACUAUAAUGUUUAUUAGAUAUUCAUGCCACUGUACAGAUUGGAAUUGCUCAUUUUACCAAUCAUAUUAAAGGAAUGUGUUUGAGAUUUUGAAUUUA